AUGGUGUUGCCUGCAGGCUUGACACAGUACGUUGUAACGGGGCCUCGAAAUAUAGCCAAAGUAUUCCGAGCCGAGGGCAUGCAUGCGACACUUUCCCACGUCAUUGCAAUGGAAAGAUCGUUCGGAAUCUCACCGCGUGGACUGGCGUUAUAUGCUGCCGAUGAUUCAGGUUUCGGCGCUCAGCCUCAGCCCCAAAGCAAGGUCGAUCCGGAGAAUAGGGUUCUGUAUCAAAUUCACAACCUUGUCAAUCAGAACCUCGCGGGGUCGUCCUUGUCUGUCAUCACAGAGAAGUUCCAGGAAUUCUUGGCAACUGAACUAUCAAGCAUAGAAGCGAUUGGGCCCGACUGGACUGAUGUCCCAGAUCUUGGCGAAUUCUUACAAGUCCACGUCAUGAGUGCGGCCUUGAAAGCUAUGUUUGGGACUUACAUCUUGUCACUGAAUCCAACAUUCAUCGACGACUUUUGGGCGUGGAACCCUGAGAUGGGUACACUAUUCAUGGGUUUGCCGAAGUGGUUGGCUCCGUCUAUUUAUGAGAAACGCGAGCGGGUACUGCAGAAUAUUAUGCGUUGGCACGACUAUGCCCAUGCACACUUUGACUGCCACAAAGUGGCGGAUGAAGAUCCAGCCUGGGAGCCCUACUUUGGGAGCAAGUUCAGCCGCAAAAGACAAGCCCUCUUCAGUCGAUGGGAGGCCAUGGAUAAAAGGUCCAGAGCAGCCGAGGACAUGUCUUUCAUUUGGGCAUCGAACGCAAACUCUGUAGGCGGAUCCAUAUGGUUCUUGCUAGAGUUGUUGCUCGACCCAGCACUACAAGAUCGUAUGAUGAAUGAAUUCAGAUCUGCGAUGGUUCACCCCAAAUCUUCAACAUCAGUCCCAACGUUCAAUGUCGAUAGGCUCACUUCAGGAGCGCUAUGCCAGUCAGUCUAUGCAGAGACUCUGCGCCUUCGAGUAGCGAUAAUGAUUGGUCGGAAAGCCAAGUACGACAUGGACUUCUCUGGAUGGUUUGUCAAAGAGAACGAGACUGUCGCUAUCUCCAACACUAUAGAGGCCAUGGAUACCAGCAUUUGGAAUACGGGAACUGAGGGUGACCCCCAUCCUCUGGAAACUUUUUGGGCAGAUCGGUUCCUCAUUUAUCCAGGCGAUAAAACCAGCGGGCCAGUGAAACGGCAGUUGGCCUCGGAAAACUCUUCGAAGGAAACUGAAACCAUUGAGAUCGAGCGAAAUGAUCCUGCACCAUCCCCAGCACCACAAUUCAGCGUCAAGGGUGUUGGUAACUCCUGGGUCCCCUUCAGCGGCGGUCCAAGACACUGCCCCGGAAGACAUUUUGCUAAGCAAGAAAUGAUUCUUGUGGCGGCCAUGGUAAUGAGCGCUUUUGAAAUUGAAUUGAAGGUAGAGCCAGGUUGGAGGCCUAAGAACGACACGAAGUACUUUGGGUUUGGCACCAUGCCGCCCUCAGGUAUAAUUCCAUGCAGAAUCAGGAGGCGUACACAAAUAGGGGUUUGA